AUGAAGACAUUCACCAUUCUCUCCCUGGUCGCCGGGGCCACGGCGACCUUCAAGAGCGCCAACCCCUUCGAGUGCCCCACCAACACUGACAACAAGUGCAAGCCCAAGCAGGCUGGUGGUUUCAACUGGGGUGACCUGAACCCGGGCAAGUUCGACAGCUAUGAGGACUUCAACUUCAAGGGCUGGGAGUGCAAGGAGGACAAGUCCUUCGCCCGCCGUGGCCACUUUGACCGCCGCACCGGUGGCAAGGUGAUCGACGGUCGUGCUACCAGCAACAAGGCUGACUGCCCUAGCUUCCAGUCCAAGGACAAGUUCUCUCUGGACACCUUCCACCUGUCGACUGAGUUCGACUGUGACCUCGAGUUCCACUACGGCAUGCCUGACGGAUCUACUUGCCGUCACCGUGCUGCCUGCAAGAAGGGCGGUAACAAGGUCAAGAACACCCAGUGCGGUGGUGCCAAGGACGUUACCAUCGUCUACCCUCCCCAGUCCAACAAGCCCAAGAAGGACUGUGCUGUGACUGUCACCAGCAUCGACUUUGACUGCUCCAGCCAUCCUCCUAAGACCACCACCUCCAUCAAGACCACGAGCCAGCCUCCCAAGGCCACCACCACCAGCCAUCCCCCCAAGCAUACUUCUGAGAGCUCUAAGCCGCACAGCCAACCCCCCAAGGAGACCAGCCAGCCUCCCAAGGAGACCACGAGCCAGCCCCCCAAGGCCACCACCACGAGCCAGCCUCCUCAGGUCACCAGCCCUAGCUCUCAGCCUCCCAAGGACACUACCAGCCAGCCCCCCAAGGGCACCGCCUCGACCAGCGUGCCUCCUCAGGGAACUGCUUCCACCAGCGUGCCUCCUCAGGGAACUGCCUCGACCAGCCAGCCUCCCAAGGGCACCGCCUCGACCAGCGUGCCUCCUCAGGGAACUGCUUCCACCAGCGUGCCUCCUCAGGGAACUGCCUCGACCAGCGUGCCUCCUCAGGGAACUGCCUCGACCAGCGUGCCUCCUCAGGGAACUGCCUCGACCAGCGUGCCUCCUCAGGGAACUGCCUCGACCAGCGUGCCUCCUCAGGGAACUGCCUCGACCAGCGUGCCUCCUCAGGGAACUGCCUCGACCAGCGUGCCUCCUCAGGGAACUGCCUCGACCAGCGUGCCUCCUCAGGGAACUGCCUCGACCAGCGUGCCUCCUCAGGGAACUGCCUCGACCAGCGUGCCUCCUCAGGGAACUGCCUCGACCAGCGUGCCUCCUCAGGGAACUGCCUCGACCAGCGUGCCUCCUCAGGGAACUGCCUCGACCAGCGUGCCUCCUCAGGGAACUGCCUCGACCAGCGUGCCUCCUCAGGGAACUGCCUCGACCAGCGUGCCUCCUCAGGGAACUGCCUCGACCAGCGUGCCUCCUCAGGGAACUGCCUCGACCAGCGUGCCUCCUCAGGGAACUGCCUCGACCAGCGUGCCUCCUCAGGGAACUGCCUCGACCAGCGUGCCUCCUCAGGGAACUGCCUCGACCAGCGUGCCUCCUCAGGGAACUGCCUCGACCAGCGGGAAGUGA